CCGCGACACACAGCGACGCGCACGGACGCACGGCGAGAACGCGGACGCACAUCCGCACAUCACCAUGGACGUCGACGGGGGAUCGAGCGCGCGAUUAUACGUCGGGAACAUCCCGUGGAGCACGACGAUCGAGGAUUUGCGCGAGCUCUUCGCGGAGUGCGGCGGCGUGACGCGCGUGGACAUCCCGACGGGGCGCCAGGGGCGAAGCCGGGGGUACGGACUCGUGGAGUUUAACUCCGAGGCCGAGGCGCAGGCCGCGGUGACGCGGAUGGACGGCACGCCGCUCGGUGAUCGCACGAUCACGGUGCGCGAAGACAAGGCGCCGACGAAGGCGGCGGGCGGCGCGAAGAAGGCGAGCGCGAGCGUGCUCGGCGACGCCCCGGCGGGCGGCGACGGAUGCCGAUGCUACUUCGGUAACCUCGCGUGGGAAACCUCGGAGGAAACGCUCACGUCGCACUGCGCGAGCUUCGGCGUGAACGUCGUGCAAUGCGAGGUGGCGCGCCAAAGCGGCGGGCGAUCCAAGGGUUGGGCCUUGGUCGACUUCGCCACGCCGGAGGAGGCGCAAAACGCCAUCGAGCAAAUGCACAACUCUGAGAUUCAAGGCCGAUCGAUCAUCGUUCGCGUCGAGCGUCCGGGAGCUGGCCAAAAGAGCGCGCGCGUCGAGACUCGUCCGGAGAACUCGAGCGGCUUGCAAAUCGUCGUUCGCAACUUGCCGUGGACCACCACCAGCGAGGAUCUCCGCCAAGUGUUCCAACAAGUUGGUAACGUCGUGAACGCCGUUGCGGUGUGCCACACCGACACCGGCCGAUCCAAGGGCUGGGGUACCGUGCUCUUCGAAACCCGCGAACAGGCGCAAGCCGCGAUCCAAGGUUUCAACGGCGUCGAGUUGGAGCACCGACCGAUGCAAAUCAAGCUCGACCGCUACGACUAAGCGCGCGUCGACGACAUCUGUUUAAAAGAGAGCAAGAAGAAAAAAUACAACGUACGGCCACGAAGAUAUGGGCAGCGUGUUAUGAAGAAGAAGAGAAGAACGGAAGAAGAAGAUGACUUGAGAGGAGAGUGAGCAAAAGCAACAACCACCGUUGAGUAGAGCCGAGGGUAAAGUUUCGGCGAAUUUCGGCGCGGAUGGGUCACCGCCUAACUAUGUCAGCGAAUCGUACAACACUUGUUGAAUUCUACGUAUCACUGAAUUACAAUUAAAUCAA